CUUUCUUCAAUCGCAGUCGAACCACCGCAUCAUACGUUUUCAGUAUACAUCAUGAAAGCCGGCCAGUGGGAUCCUACACAAGGCAAAAUCGUCAUAAACGACAUACCAAAACCCACACCAGCCUCGAAUCAAUUCCUCGUAAAAAUUCAUUCCGCCUCUCUCUGCCACUCUGAUCUCAUCACCUCGCUUCGUCCCUCGCACCCAGUCACCAUCGGUCACGAGGGCGUCGGUUACAUCGAGGCCAUCGGCGAUGCAGCAAAAGAUCGGGGUUUCAAGGUAGGCGACGCCAUUGGCUUCGACUACUUCAUCGGAUGUUGUUUUGAGUGCGAGGGCUGCCAAGUACAUAAUCUGCGCUGCGAGAAUGGAAACUCGCAGCUGCAAGGAUUUGCAGUAGAUGGGUUUUUCGCAGAGUAUGCGGUUGUGGAUUGGCAGAAUGCGGUGGUGUUGCCCGAAAUUCUGGAUAUGAAGAAGACUGCGCCGCUUUUCUGUGCGGGUAUCACGAGUUUCCAUUCUGUGGAUAGUUGUGAGAUGCAAGAGGGGCAAUGGCUGGCGGUGAUUGGGUGUGGUGGGCUCGGACAGUAUGCUAUUCAGUAUGCAAAGGCGAUGGGAUAUAAGACGAUUGGGCUUGACAUCAGCGAUGCGCAACUGGAGCAGGCGAAAAAGGUCGGCGCUGAUGCCGUCUUCAACUCAAUGACGAACAAGGACUAUGUCGAUGAGAUCAAAAAGCUCACCGGAAAAGGAUGUCACGCAGCAGCAGUUUAUAGCGCAUCCAACGCAGCGUAUGCUGGCGCUCCGAAAGUGUUGAGAACAGGUGGUCUGUUGAUGAUCAUUGGCAUUGCGCCAAAAGGUCUCGAUUUCAUCAAUACAUUCGAUCUUACGACUGGAGCGUAUCGCAUCAAGGCGGACAGCACGAGUAUACCUCAGAGGAUGAAGAAAGCGGUUGAUUUCACUGCAAAACACAAUAUUCAGCCGGACGUGUCCUACAACAAAAUCGAGGACCUUCCUCGAAUGUUUGAUGACAUGUUGAAUGGUAAAGCGGAUAAGCGACAAGUCGUAAUCUUCUAG